AAAAAACAAAAAAAAAAGUACAGUUGUUCCAUUGAAGCUAUCUCUCUUCUCUGUCUUGAUUUCAGUAAAUCAAAAGAACAUACGGCAAAAAGUUUGAGCAUAUUGUGCGUGUUUUCUCUCAAACUCGAGGAUAGGAUGCCACGCCCUUCAUUCGAAGGUGAUCCUCCCAUGCCAUCUGUGCAGAUGGAGACAUCGUCCAAGCACCAUUCGUCGGCCUUACUCUUCUUUCUCGGGGGAGCCAUCGUGCUACUUAUACUGUUGAUCCUUCUACUCUUAUACUGGAAGAUAAUAAGACCGUCCAAAUUAAUGAACAUGGUCAGAAGACCCCUAAAGCAACCAGGGCCAAAAGACUUAUUCAGUGGAAAUCUCCGAACAAUAAGCUACUUCGACUUCCACACAUUGAAGAAGGCAACUAAAAACUUCCAUCCUAGUAAUCUUCUCGGAGUUGGGGGAUUCGGCCCUGUUUAUCGGGGGAAGUUAGAUGAUGGAAGGUUGAUUGCGGUGAAGAAACUGUCACUCGAGAAAUCUCAACAGGGAGAGUCAGAGUUUCUAUCCGAGGUGAGGAUGAUCACGAGCAUCCAGCACAAGAAUCUCGUUCGCCUACUAGGGUGCUGCUCUGACGGGCCACAGCGGCUCCUUGUGUACGAGUACAUGAAAAACCGAAGCUUAGAGCUCAUAGUAUAUGGGAAGAGUGACCAAUUCCUGAACUGGAGCACUCGGUUUCAGAUAAUCACUGGAAUUGCGAGAGGAUUGCAGUACUUGCACGAGGAUUCUCACUUCAGGAUUGUCCACAGGGACAUCAAGGCGAGCAACAUUCUUCUAGAUGAGAAAUUCCAGCCUAGGAUCGGUGAUUUUGGGCUCGCAAGAUUCUUCCCCGAGGAUCAGGCCUACCUCAGCACUGCAUUUGCUGGAACACUAGGUUAUACAGCUCCAGAGUAUGCUAUUAGGGGAGAAUUAUCGGAGAAGGCCGAUAUUUAUAGCUUUGGAGUCCUCGUGCUUGAGAUCAUUAGCUGCAGAAAGAACACUGAUCUCACUUUACCAUCAGAAAUGCAGUACCUUCCCGAAUAUGCAUGGAAACUCUACGAGAGAUCGAGUAUUUUCGAUCUGAUAGACCCACGGUUACAGGAAGACGGAUAUGUUGAGAGGGAUGUCCUGCAGGCGAUUCAUGUGGCCCUUUUAUGCCUUCAGCCCCAUGCAAACCUCAGGCCUCCGAUGUCAGAGAUAGUCGCGAUGCUGACCUUUCGAGUAGAGAUGGAGGUGAGACCGAUCAAACCAGCGUUUAUGGACCGAAGGAGGAAUAAAAGGGAUGAAAAUUUCUCUUGUGACACGAUCUCCGUGGUUCUCUCUUCCCCUCAGCAGAGCGACUCGCCUUCUGUAGUACAUGCAAAUAAGGUAGGGUGAUUCCAGGCAACUCUUUGCCGGAAAACUUUUUUUGUCUUAGGAAGGGAGACAGAGGGAGGAACGGUUGAUCUAAUCACCGAUUUGAAUGCUCCAUUAUUUCAUUGCUUUGAUGUAGGAUUUCAAUAGCUUGUAGAAUCUAUUGUCUCCAUUAGUACAUUCUUCCAAAGAUAAAUUCUUACCUAGA